AUGGCUCCACCACGCUGGUUGACCGCUGAGGAAGCUGCCUUCUUGCUUUCGAAGCCCACAGUGUACUGCAAAUGGUUCACCACAUUCCCGGAGAAGCCCAGGGUUCUUCCAAACAUUGAGGGUGAGCUGUCAAAGGAACAGAAUCAGCAGCUGCAAUCGGCAAUUCAGACCCGUCAGAAGGAGAUCGAGGUGUAUUCCCGUAAGUAUUAUGAUGAGCAGGUUAAACCACUUGUGCAGAAACAGUUGCAUGGGCGCACCAUUACAAAGGCUGAGAGGCUCUUGAUUAUCAAGGACACCACAGAGGAUAAGUACAAAACAGAAGACGAGAACAUUAAGGAGGAGAUCAGGGUGCAUGUGCUUGCACUUCGGACAUUGGGAGCAAACAGUGACGAGGAAGAUGAAGCUAAGGAGGGUGCGGAUGAGGACAUAAUUGACCCGGUCGUGUGCCAAGCACUCCCAGACAACGCAACUUGCACCAACACACCCAAACAAAUGCUGUGGCUGACAAUUCCCCAUGGACAUGGGGCUCCUGUAACAUCUAGCUUGGAGCCCAAUAUGGAAAGUGGUGAACAUGGCAUGUGA